GAGAGGGAGAGAGAGAGAGAGAGAGAGGUGAGUGGCGGCCUUGCCCUUCCUAUGGUGUGCAGUGGCCGCGAGUAGCAGAGGUAGCGCGACACUCUUGCCACACAAACAACCCUCCAAAACUCACGCGCCGCUGCUUGCCGUCCUCCCUCCCCCUAGCUAUUUCCACGCUCGGCCUUGGCGUCUGUCAUUCUACGGUCACAAUAUAAGGCAGCCAUUCUAGACGAUCACCAAGAGUGUCCACCACGCCUUCCUCUCGGUGAGUUCCCGUGGCCGCCUCCCUCCUCAGCGCCUCUCAGCAGCUCCUCACUUCAGUCCAGACAAACUUGCGUGUUCCCAGCACACCAUCAUGAAACUGUCCGUCGUCUUCUGUGUGGCCACCGUCACUCUCCUGCCCCUCGCUCAUGCCGUCUUCCUGGUGGCCAGCAGCUCGUCCGCCGCCUCCAGUACCGUGGGCUUGACUUUGGGCACCUCGGGCAGCGCCGCCGCGGCCUUAGGGGUGGCAGGGCUGGUGGCCGGUGCUCUAGUUCUGGGCGGAUUAGCACUCGCUGCCAGCCGCAACAAGCGUGAUGUGUCCAGCCACUGCCUGCCGUCCUCCAGCCCGGAACUGAUCUUAGAACUGGCCGCUAGCGCUGACCAGCUGGGCUGCGGCCUGCGGCUGGUGUGCGAGCUGGAGGCCACGCCCGACGACGCCCUCUCCACGGACGAGCUGCUCAUUCUCAACCUCUUUGGGAGGCAGGUGAAGCCCGUCACCUUCUCCCAGAUGAAGAACGCCAAGUCGAGCUUCCAGUACGCGGCGCUGGUGGGCUCCCGGGCGAAGAGUGUGACCGAGUGUGGCCAGGUGUUCGACCAAUGCCCCUUCGACCGCCGCACCAUCAUGGGGGCCUUCAACGCCACAAAGUAGAGGCUAGCACUUCCCUCACACCCACUCAUUCACUCACUCACUCAGUUAUGCCAUACCUCCCUCUUUCCUCGUGUCUCUCAUUCACGCAAGGAAACACUCUCAACAUGCCUUGAAGCUCAACCACUCUAUACACUCCGUCAUCUCGCUCCCUAUGCUCCCGCUGCAAUUGUAUCCAGGUAAACUUUCUCUCUCUCUCUCUCUCUCUCUCUCUCUCUCUCUCUCUCUCUCUCUCUCUCUCUCUCUGAAUGACGGAUCUAUUCAUGUAUUACACUUGCGCAUAUUUACUAGUGAAUAAUUCAUCUAUUCAUCUAUUUAUGUAUUUAUUUAUUGAAAGAUAUCACGAUCCUCCGCCCCCUACAAAAAUUUUAAAUAGUAACUACACUCGUCAAUAAACUUUUGAGAAACCAUUCCUCCUUAUUUUUUAGUUUUUUCUAUGGCAAGUUGUCAUAAUAAUUACCAUGCCAUUUAUCAUCGCCACAUGUUUCCUUACAAAGCGAGUUUAGUACAAGGAAGAGUUCGUUUAUUUUCUCACACUGACUGCUACUCACGCUGCCUCCUUCACUUUCGUCUCAUUGGUUAGUGUGGAUGUGCAACAAUAUUUCUUUUUUUUUAUUUUGUUUUUCCUUUUCUAUGGGGGAGGAUAAACUUUUUUUUUUUAUUUUUGACAUUAUUCCUUUUUUUUCAUGCUCACUCUAACAACUUACUGAAUCACCUUCUUUUUUUUUUUACCUGUGUCGCAUUACUUGGUGCAAAUAUGGAACUCUCUCUCACCCCUUCUCUCUCUCUCUCUCUCUCUCUCUCUCUCUCUCUCUCUCUCUCUCUCUCUCUCUCUGAACUUUUACUUAUUUAUUUAUUUAAUGCUUAUAUUGUAUACUAUGUUGUGUUCCUCCCUCAUCCAGCCUUCCAUGACCAUGUUUGUGUAUAUGCCAAAUAAACAACCGUGUAUACAUAGCCUGUGUGUAUGCAUCACCAAGCCUCUGGAACGGCACAAUUGUAUAUGAAU